GGCAUAAAGAAAUGGAUAAGUAAACCGCAUCGAUUCCACCUCGAACAGCACCAGCAUAUACGGAGAACGCGCAUUUUCUAUAGCAACCAACCAAUCUGAUGCUACCAGUGGCAUCCUACGCGGCAGAGGAAUAGCCACGCCACCACGUCCCCCGCGCCCGCCGACCCACCCGCAAACGCAACGCAAUAAUAAUAGGCUAGGCAGCCAGCAGCCACCAUCCCCACCAGCCCAGCACCAGGAAGGAAAUAGCGGCGAGCAAGAGCUGGCGGAAAGAAGAGGAAAGCCAGGCACGCCGCUCACCCACCGCGCCACCAACCGCAGAUCCUAAAUCCGAUCUCUCUCUCCCUCCCUCCCUCCCUCCCGCUCGAGGUUUUCGGUUUCGAUCCGGCAAGCGGGCGAGAUCUUCAUGGCGACGUCGUUCGACCGCUGGGAGAAGGACCCCUUCUUCCUCGCCGCCGAGGAGGUCCAGGAAUCCGCCGAUCGGAUGGAAUCGGUUUAUCGGGUAUGGGUGCAGGAGAGGAGCGGGGGCGAUUCCGAGGCGGCAAGCGUCACUGGAGGCCCUACAGCUGCGCAGCUUCGCCGCGAGCUGCACACGGCGCUUGGUACCGCCAAGUGGCAGCUUGAUGAACUGGCGCGGGCAGUCAGAUCGAACGAUCUGGUUAUGUCAGCAGGAAAAGACACAAGGGCUAGGCAUGAUGAUUUUGUUACAGCAAUCGGCUAUCGCAUAUUAGAGGUCGAGAACUACUUGAAAGAAUCCAAUCUUGCGGACGGGAGGGGGCCAUUGAGCUGGGUUCACUUGGAUGAGGAUGAAAGGGACGACCUUGCAGCUUUUCUAUCUGCCAGUCCUUUUCAACAGAAAGACAAAGUGGUCACAAUUCCUUCAGCAGGUGACAUUGAAGUGGGCAGCAAUGCAGCAAGGAUGAAAAAUGAUAUAUCAACUGACAGCUCCAAGGAUUCAGCUGGUUCCACGGAUUUGAUUUCAGGCACAGCAAAGCAAGAUUUGCAUCGUGGGCACAGAAGAGCAGCUAGUGCCAGUGCUGAUAUAGGCUCAUGGAGCAUGUCAAUCCCUAAUGAAUGUGAAGGAACUACAGAACAGUUAUCUGAUGGCUCAGACAAAUUGCCUUUGCAUAAGAUAGUGAAAACAUGUGCUUUGACAAGUACCUUGCAAUCUAAGACUAGAACGAAGUGGAAAAAUGGAGCUGUUAGGUGGGCAGGCAGUAACCAACAGGAUGUUGAAGAGGCUAUCCCUCUGAAUACUUCUCAGUUGAGUCAGGGCUUAGAGGAAUGCUUUGAAAGGAACAAGAGUUGCUUAAGUACAUGUGAUGAGCAUACAUACAAUAAGAAACUUCAUGGUUGGCUCGGAGCCCUUCGUAGACAACUUCAAAGGUCUCAGUACCAAAUUCAAUAUGGGCAUCAUAUUCAAUUGAUUGUUUUGGCACUUGCUGCCCUUGUAAUCAUUGUAUGCAUAGUGAGGACAAUCUGGUGACUAUAUUUAUUUGCUCAUGAUUGGAUUUCUAGCCUCACAAGAUCAGCAGCUUGUAUGGUAAAUUCACUGGCAGUUAAGUUACUCUUGGUCAACUUGAUCCUGAAGCAUGCAUAUGAGGCAACUAUGGUAGACCAUUUUGGUAGUCAAGGUUCAAAAUCACGUAUAAUGAUCUGGUUGGGGCCACUUAUCUUGCCACAUGUUCAGGGCAGGCUGCCUCGUCCUUGGAAGAACAUCUACAGGACAAUCCUUGCAGCACGGUUGCUUCGCCACACUUGGAUAUGCUCCCGAAUGGUGCCUUGAACAAUUGAUGCACCUCGAGAACUCAAUCCUCCGUGGUGAGUUGGUGACUGGGUGGCACCUAUGCAAUGGCCCAGUAUAAAUUAGUGGUGCAGUGGGCUGGCGAUCAUGCUGCUAGCAACCGAAAUUGCAAGACUUGUAUCAUACAUCAACGCUAUUGCUUUUACCGCCUGACACGGAAGGGUGGUGAUCAUGCAUCAAUGCUAUUGCUUUUACUGCCUGACACAGAAGGGUGUCAUUUUUUUUUUGUAGGAGUUGCCAUCUGAACUGUAGAGCUCCAUAGGGGAUAGGUUCUGAUCGGAAUGUGAAUGGCACUAGAAAAUUACUUUUACUGUAUCUGCUUGUGUUGUCAAGAACCGAAUGAGGUGCCUGGCAGCCUUGUCUGUACCCUGUACACUAAAAUUGGAGAAUGUUGAAGCCCUCGGCAGUAAUCGGCUGGACUUGUAAGGUGCCAGUGUGUGUUGAGCCUGCAUAUUACGGCUAAAUUCGGUGAAGAUUAUAGCACUUUACUGUGCAUCCUAA